UCUCUGCAUUUCUAGACAAGAGCUUUCAGGUAAUAUCGCCCCAGGUACUGCGCCAGGGUCGUGAUUUCAGAUUUCACCUACUAAUAAUACUCUUCUGCGGUUUUUCGGUGCAGUGGCUGCUUGGUCCUAUUUGUCGCCUUUCCGCUGCACCGGUUGUGGUGCUGGGAGAAGAGUCGUAGUUGAGCCGCGAGUACUUGGAAGCGGAUUGGGGGUUUUACGAGAAGUUUAGCUUGAGGGAGUGGAUCUAUACAGCGGAAAUUGCGUUUAGUUAACGGUGAGGACGUGAAUGGUCAAUUGUAACUUUUUCCUUUAGCCGGGAUUUCCUGCGUAGGUUACAAGUGCUCGUGCGCGAUGUGAGUUUUUUUUAUCUGUCACUCUAUUUGAGAAAUGAGUGCGCUCGAGUGAUGAGUGGUUUUGUUGGUUUGAAAAGCUCUACUCUCACUGUUAGAUUGAGUUUUGGUAUAGUAAGUGACUUCUGUGCGUGCACAGAGAAGCAGAGAGGAAGCUACACAAUGACCGGAGUCCGUCAUGGUGUGUUGAGUGCAGGUUGAGGUAAUAUUAGAGAGUUGAUAAAUUUUUGCUGAAGGCGUACUAUAUCUCUUUCGCACUCGAGCGUGUAGGAUUGAGUGAUAUGCAACAUUGCUCUUCUGCACCGACGAGAUUUCUGUCGUGACGAUACACACUUCCAGUGGAUGGUAUUGAAGGUGGUUCAUAAAGAUCCAUGAUCAAAUAAUCAACGUCUAUGAGCAAUGAGACUGAAAUUCCAGAGCCUCUGAGUGUGAUUCUAAAUUCUUAUCAAAGACUUGACUAGCAGAGCAUUUGAUUUGCAUUGAAGGAAGGGGGAUGUGAAGAGGAGCUUAGCAAAAUUUUCGGCUUCAUAGCAGUCACAGUCUAAUCAAACACUUGGAGCUGAGCCAGAUUUUAGUUUGUAACAGAGUUACGCUCAUGAUGAAGGCAGAGGGCUGAAAAGGCCCAGGUUACGGAGUUAGGAGGGUAAAGUAUAAUGAAAGGUGUUACAGCUGAUGUGAUAUUGAAUGGGGCUGGUUUCCAUGACCAAGAUGACGACGCAGAGUCUCCAUCCAAGAUCGUAGCCAAGGAAGCUGCUGAACUGGAAAAGCUUCAGAAGCGACUUUCGAUUGGCGAUGUAACCAUGGAAUUUGAGAGUGGGGAAUCUGCUGCCAAAGCUGCCGCUGCUAAGUUAGCGGAAUCAGAGAAAAGUCCCAGUCCAGCAAAGGAGACUAAAAGGCGAUUAUCGGGUGGUCAUCAAUUUAGUCCCUCUCAUGGUUGUUCACACAAUCAUUCUCAUGGUCACAGUCCCGAUUCAAAGAUGAGCCGGAGUCCUGGUGAUGGCCCUCCAAUGCUCCGAAGCUCCAUCAGGCGCACUGGUGGAAACAUUCGAGAAUGUGAAAAGCACAAGGUGCAGGAUAUAAUGGUAAUGGAUAGGUCAGCACUUACGAAGAAGUUGAGAGUUCUGUUGAGCGAGCUUGCUGGGCGUGUUGCUGGGAGGAACAAGGAAGACGUUACAGAAGCUCUUGCCAUUGUUGAAGCAAUGGAAUUGCAAUGGAUACAGAAAGAAAAUGAACUGGCGCAAGAGAAGGCUGAAGUUAGAAAGAUGGCCGCUUUAUUCAAUCAGGCAUCAGAUGACUCGAAAAGAAUAAUGAAGGAAGCUCGUGCCAAGGCUCAAGCUGAAGUAGAGGCUGCACAGGCUGCUGUUCUCAGAGUAGAAGCUGCCCUCGAGGAGCAGACGCAGUUCCUGAGUAUUGCUGAGAAGGAGGAGCUCGAGGCUAUGAGGAAAGAAAUCAACGAUGCAAGGAGAAUAAGGAUGCUGCAUGAACCUAGCAAGACCAUGGAUAUGGAAUUUGAAAUUGAAGGAUUGCGACAGGGAUUGUCUCAAAAGGCUGGUGAAGUGGUUCAACUGCGCAAAGAGUUGCUAGCAGCCAAGAGAGCUGGUCAGACCGGGCAUUAUGAGAUACAAGGAGAAGAGCGCCUUGGAGGUGCUUUGGUAAUAACACAAACCAACGAGACGUCGGUAGAUGUUAGCAAAUGCGUCAUACAAUGGCACCGGAUUGCGGUGGAUGGAAGCAAGGGUGGACCAAUCACUGGUGCUACGAGGCCUCAAUAUGCACCCGAGCCCCUUGAUGUGGGUUGGCUAUUACGAGCUGAUCUGACCAUGCCAGAUGGGAAAAAGGAAUCUGUUUUUACAACGGGAUCUCUAGAUGCCGCUCCUGGACUUGGAAAUUAUGUGGAGGCUUUAUUCAAGAAAGGCAGUACUGAGUUCAAUGUAAGAUUGGUUCAACAAAAUGGAGAGGUUCUGGAGAAACCCCUACUUCUUAUGAUGCAUAUUGAUCGGAUACGAAUCAAACUUCAAAAAGGUCGUAAAAAAAUUGCUAAGGAAGAGUACACAUCAAUGGUUCAGCUUUGUGGAGCACGCGGUGGGGGACAAGCUGCCUCACGGGCUUUAUAUUGGGUGGCCAACAAGAGUGUUAGCUUGAUGCUUGUUUUGGAGUCUGAAAGAGAGCGGAAUGCUGCAAUUUUGCUGGCAAGGCGAUUUGCUCGAGAUCAAAAUGUAACACUUUUUGGCCCCGAGGAUGGUAUUUCUGUCUCAAAAAUUUCUGCAAGUCCCUCUUGAUGUUCCAUCGUACACUAUGAAGAUGUGCAUAGACCUUGUAGGAUAAUCAUGUAAUUACUGAGUGAGGUUGCAUCAUCCUUUGCAACUCGUUCAAUAUUUUUUUUUUCGUUGUACCAUCUCAUUGCUGUCUCCACUGCUUACGCUCUCUAAGUCCCUCUUCACUCAUUCAAAGUGACCUGCAAUUCAGUUAUAUCUGCACCUC